UUCCCUUGCUUCACAGGGUGUCUCCAGAACUCAAAAAAUGAGUGAACUUCUGUCAGGAACCCUUCAGGCCCUGCCUCUAUGCUGUCUCUGCUCCUGUCUUUCCUCCUCUUCUUCCUCAGGACAGGACAAGAUUCUGUGUUUGUAACGAAGAGUAAGAGUGCUGAUAUAGCCCUCCUUGGGAACAAUGUGACCCUAAACUGCAAUUUGACUAUCCCAGCAGAUGUUCUGCAAAUUACUUGGCAAAAGCUCCAAGGGUCUGUUCCAGAAAACAUAGGCACCUACAGCAGCCAGCAUGGUGAAAAAAUUCUCCCCCCAUACAAUGAACGGAUCCAGUGCAGCAGUACAGAACUGACAUCCUCAAGCAUGACUAUAUAUAAUGUGACCUUGAAAGAUGAUGCAUGUUACAAAUGUCUCUUUAAUGUUUUUCCAAAUGGUAUCUAUGGAGGAAAGAUGUGCUUCAGUGUACAAAAUGUGCCUGAAUUAAGAAGUGAACUUCAUCCUCAUCCCACCAUUGAGGGAAUCCUUAUAGUCAUCUGCUCAGCUACAGGAAAACCUGCCCCUCACAUCACUUUCUCCCAUGAGAGGCUGCUGAUGGGAUUGCCCAAGGAAUACACUGAUCAAAGCCCAGAUGGAAUAACUAAUGUUACCAAAUGGUAUAAUAUCUCAAAGGAGGCUGUGAGGUCCUUGAAAAUUGAGAAUGCAUCCUGUGUCAUGGAUCACCCUCUAAGGAAGAAAAAAGAACUUGUUUAUUUUUCUCAGGAACCAGAAUCAAUUUCCAAUGACUCAUUGUCGAGGUCACAUAUAUACCUAAUAGCCGCACUGAUUUGCCCAUUGCUCCUCAUUAGCUGCUUGGUGAUAUACACGAAAAGGAUAAAAAAUAAAAAUAGUCACUGCUCUGCACAAAAUAUUUCCUUUGAGAAACCAGAGAAAGAGAAACCCAUGGAGUCAGACACCCAGGAAUAGAAUAUUCCUAACCAUGUUGAGCUUUUCCUCUGACGCUGCCCCUGCACCCAGUUAUCCUGUAUAUGUGUCAUUAGAACAUAGGUUUUUACAAUGGUAUCUCCCCCACUGAGCUUCUUGAGAGCCUGAACAUUUGGACUUCUGGAUUGUGUUGGAAUACACGGGAGAGCUGUUAGAAUACAUGGGAGCCACCUGAUAGUGGCUGCUGGAGAUCCAACCCAGAAUGGCUCGCCUCUUGUGAGAGGAUGAUACGAGGAGACUGAGAGGCCAUUGCAUUGGCUGACAGCUCUCCUCUUCAGUCUGUUUCCAAUUUAUCUCAUUCCCAGUCUGCAACACCUGUGUCAGCAAAGGCUGCUCUGCAACUCUUUCAGAUGCUAUUAUCCACAGCUAUAGAGGCUUUAGGAGAAUUGACCUGUCCCUUAACAGGAUUGCAUGGAGAAGAUUAUGUGGAGUAUACAAUUUUCCUUUAAUUAUUCGUUUCUAUAAAUGUUUGUUAAGGUUCUACCAUGUGAGGAAUAAGAAUGGGGAAAUUGGGAGGAGAAAAACACUGAGAAUUUCAUAGUAUCCAGAAAGCGAAGGAGAAUAUGACAUUCUUGAGAACUAUGAUGUAACAUGAGAUUAUUCAAGGGAAGCAGUAUAAUUUAAGGAGGAUAGAACUGAGGUAAUAUUAGAUCUCUUCCAGAUCAUAAUUUUGCAUUCCCUUUUACACCUCUGUAAAGUAUUAUCUUAAAAUUCCAGAGUUAGAAAGCAUCUCAGAAGUGAUUCCUAUCAAUCCAUCCCUGAAAUUUGAAUCCCUGCUACAAUACCUCCAACAAGCAUUCCUCCAGAAUCCACUUGAAAGUGUCCAGUAAUGGGAAAGUUAUUGUCUUAGAAAACUGACCCAUCUCACUUCUAUACACAACACAUAACAAAUGUGUUAGAGUCUCUAUCUUUCACUCCUUGAUCCUAUUUCUAUUUUCUAGAGUCAAAUUUUUCUUCCAUAAAAAAAUGUUCAUUCUAGGUCAGGCAUAAUAUGGACCAAUCCAGUAAUCCAACCUUGAGGUUUGAAAUGAAAUAAAACACUUGUGGAUCAAAAGGUGCAAUUAAAACCAAUUCUACAGAUGCAACAUUAAGAAAACAAAAUUUCUGAAGUUAAAAACAUAUUUAAAAACUUCUCUUCUUUUGUAUUCAUCCAAUAAGUCACCAGGCUAAAUCAGGAAAGAAUUCCCCUCAGGUAAUUGGAGAUUGGAUAAAACCUAGGAAAAUCACUCUUCUCAUGUUGGGUUAUUUAUUUAUUACUCAAGAGGUCAAGUAGAUUUUGCCUCAAUUUCCCAUCAUAAUCUCUCACAAACUAACAUAGUCUAUCAACUAUGUGCAUUCCAUAUUAUCAAAGAGUUGGGGACAGUGGGGAGAACUUUUGUAUAUGAUUUAAUUGCCUUUUUUAAUUGCCUUAAGAUAUUGUUCAAUCAGGUUUUAAAUGCAGUUCACUCAAAAUCAGAGUGUUUCACAUGAAUUGUUUUCUAGUCAUAUCUACUUUAUUUCUCUCUCAUCCUACAUUCCAUGAGGGGGGGGAGGGGAGUAAAAGAAAAACUAACACUUUGUAAUAAAGAUACAUAGUCAAGCCAAACAAACUUCUUCAUUUCUUAGGUCCAAAAAUAUGUCAAAUACACAUCUGCACUGUGUGUCUAUCACUAUUACACAAAAUCAGGAUGUGGGGUAGCAUAUUUUGUCAUCAGUCCUCGGAAUCAUGAGUGGUUCUUGCAUUGAUAGAAGAUCUUAUGUUUUUCAAAAUAAUUUUGUUUGCUUUUGUUCUUAUUAUAUAGCAUGAGGUGGUGUGUGUGUGUGUGUGGUGUGUGAAAGAGACAAAGAGACAAAGACAGAGAAAUAGAGACAGAGAGAAAAUGUACCAUUAGGGCUUGGAAUUUGGGUUAUAAUUCUAUAUAAGUUUUUUUUUUUUCUGGUUCUCAUUUUACUUAAUAUCAAUUCAUAUAAAUCAUUCUAUGUCCAAUUGAAAUCAGUAAUCUCUCAUUUUUUAUAGAAUAAUAAUAUUCAUUUACAUUCAUAUGCUACAAUUUUUUCAGCCAUUCCCCUAUUGGUGAACAUACUCUUAGUUUUCAUGGUGGUGGUAGUGUUGUUUUGUUGUUUUGCCAGCACCAGGUACUGGAUUUCAUCCCUCUUUAAUAUAUUUAUCUCAUUAUUUAAGCCUAUUGAAAUAUUGUUGGAUCUUAUUUGUGUUAUUGAAUGCAUUUGAACACAAAGGAGUCAGGCCUAAUCGAGCUAUUCUUCAAGGAUUUCUGGUUUGUAAUUCAAAAUUAUGGACCACUAUCUUGGACUUGCAUUCAAAUCAUGAGCAAUUCUUAGACUCCUCAGAAAAGAGGUGAGAAGGGAAGGGGUCAUUGCUAGUCCCCAAUACCAAAUUUCCAACCAAUCAUCUUUCUCUUUGCACCUCAACUUUGUAACCAGUCAUGCUGCCUUCAACCAUAUGAUGUCACUUAGCCUGUUCUUUGUUUUGUACUCCCCAAAACCUAUAAAAGGGGAACUGUUCUUUAGAUUGGAAUCUUUGGCAUAAGAGGAGGCAAGCUACUGAUCUUUUAUUGACAGACAGCAUGAUUCUGUUAAUAAAUGUUAUCUUGCUCAGAUGAUGACCCAAGUUUACCUUUUUGUUAAAAUUCAGUAACAACACAAAUAUCCUACAACAUUUUAUAUAAGCAUUAAAUAAUGUGAAAUAAACAUGAAAUCUUAAUAAAUAUUGUUAUUUAAUUUAUGUUUUUAAUAUGUAUGUUUACAUGGAUUGAACUAUGCAAAAUAAAUAGGACAUGACAUAUCAUCCAAGAA